AUGUUAAGAGUUUUAGGUUUUGGCUUAGGCACCAGCAUUCUUUUUAUCCCAGCUCUAUUCCUAACACGACAUCGCACAGUUAGCGCUGCACAACAGACAAAAAAUCCCAACAUCGCCGUCAUUGGAGCAGGUAUCGGCGGCUCGAGUUGUUCUCACUUCAUUCGGGAACUUUUUGGAUCACAAGCUACCAUCGAUGUAUUUGAAGCGUCAGAUAGAAUCGGUGGCCGUCUAGCUACCGUGAAAAUUGCUGGUAAGACCUUCGAAUCUGGAGGAUCUAUAAUUCACCGUGACAAUAAGUACAUGGUGGAUUUCGUCAAGUACCUAGGUAAGUUUAUGUGGGGUUUCUGCUUUGGGGUAUUCCUUACAUAGCCACACCGGCCCCCUAUGGAUGAGUUAAGCGAACUUUAAUCCCUUUCAAUAAAGGAAAAAAAUUAAAGUCCCAACACAGCACCCCCCUCAGAAAUAAUAAUCAUUUCUCAUAUACUUCAGAUAUAUUCCAAGCACCCUCAGAAAAUCUCACCCAUUUAGCGGGGAGGAGGGUGGUGGAAACAGCUGGGGAAAUUAAAUGGAAUGGCCCCUGGCUAUGGCAGCUUAUGAUGCCUUUGGAUAAAGCUGUGAGUGAGAAGUAACCACUAGUCUUGCCAGCUGGGGAAAGAGGCCAAAAAUACUCACAGCUUUUUCCCUUUUGACCACAAUAACAUGGGCCUAGUUGGUUGAAGGUCAGUGAGUGCUACACUGUAAUCUGGGGGUAAACUUUAAUCCCGGGGGGCACUUUAGGAAUUUCUGGGUGGGGAUGUGCCGCUGGGACCCUGGAACCCUUAACCUAUACCAGAGCUAGUUCAGCUGAAUUUUGCUACCCUAUACUAGAGUAAACUCCCCAAAUCCCCCUAUCCUAGAGUAGCUGUUUACCUAGUCUAGAUAAAAUCUUCAACCAACUGAUCAGUUUCCUGAAAAAUGAUACCCUAUUCUAGACCCAAACGCUCUGAUUUAUAUACCCUAUCCUAGGGUAAACUGCUUGAAAACCAUACCCUUCACAGCGGCACAUACCUAUAUAGCCCAUAUAUGGCAGUGCCCCCCCCGGGACUUUAAUCCACCUUUUUCUUCUUUUUUCAAAACUAUUUUCUCAGAUAAGCAUAAUUUUGCCUAUUCUUUUUAGAGUGUUCAAUUACCAAAUUGUACACAAAAAAAAUUGGUCAGUGUAAAACGCAGACUGUGGAUUGCAGACUGCGGAACAGGGGUAAAAUGCAGACUAAGUGUACAAUGCAGACUGCAGACUGAGAGUAAAACGCAGGCUGGGGUAAGAUGCAGACCGAGCAUAAACUGUAGUCGCAGAAGGGUUUAAGGGGAAAAGAAUCCCGCUAAUACAUGUAAACAAACACUUACUUGACCCUGAUACUUGACAACGUAUGCUUCCUUUACAAAUCCAUUCCUUUCUUCUCAGAAAGGUCGUCGACGACUCAAAAACAUAAUGGCAAUCUUGAACCUUUUUUUCCGUCCGAGAGACCUCACGUUAAAGAGAGAAGUUUUCGAUGCACGUGACCGUGAAUUGGUUCAACACCACUAUUUAAAUAAAAGCUGCUGACCCAAAACACACUGUACUGUACAGAAAGAAUUAUGGCAAUAAAAAACGGAGAAAAUCAUUCCAAGAACAAAGAAGAUGUUCUGCAGGAAAUUUGGAUGACCUUCUAUGAAAGUAUUGCAAAUCAACUUGCGCAGACUUAGGCUGUUUGGAUGUUCAUUGAAACUUCUGGCGAAUGUGCAAUGUACUUCGACGAGGAAGCGAGGUGUGUAACUGAUACCAGCUCGCUAUUUCACCUAUUUGAAGGAGCACAAAUGUUUAAAAAGUCUACAGUCUUCAUUCUACAUUUUACCUCAGCCUGCAUUUUAGAGGGGGGCGUAAGGGUUUGCGGUAUUGCGGUAUUGGGUUAUUUUUGGUGCGGUGUUGCGGUAAUUUUUAUUUCAAAGUACGGUAUUGCGGUUUUCAGAGUCCAAGCGGUGUGCGGUGAGUUUGAAUUUUAUGUCGCGGUAGUCGGUGAAAAAAUCGUUGUGUCGCGGUGAUCUGCUUCUUUUUCAUGACAAGAGGAUACAAAUCCUAUAAAAGGUCUCCCCAGCUAGCCUGCGUGACUUGCCUGUCUUCCUAUAGUUGCACAGUCGGGGAUCGUAUAUAUUGCGCAAACAAUCUGGCCGAGACAAAUCGUAUGGCUUGUAAUUUCAGUUAAUACUUGAUAUGAUUAACAACAUUAACUUUUUUAUCCAAUAAUACGUAAACAUGUCGCAUUAUUUAUGACCUCAUGGACCUUGUGGGAAUAGUCAGCUUGGUUAACCUCCUUACCAAUCUUACCGCCACUUUCGUGCCAGUCGGGAAACAAUGGCAAGCGAUCCAGAGGGUCAACUAAGUGAUCAGUCAGAUAUUCCAGCAAAUAGUGAGCUCAGUGAGGUCAUUAUAAAUUGCUUAGUGUCGAAAGAUAAUCUAUGAAGAUGGUGUGGUCUAAAAAUUACUACUCGUCCUUCUCGUUGGCGUGCAGGAAUAUAGAAGGUACAAGUAUUUGUGUGUGCUUAGCCUACAUAGCAUGGCAGCCCGGGGGGGGGGGGUUCUUCCUUAUAAGAGGCUAUGGGGAUGUGCCGCUGGAUGGGGUCGCAUUUUCAUGAGUGGAUUGACUAUAAUGGGGUCGCAUUUUCAAGAGAGUUACUAGAAUGGGGUCCACGCGCAUUUUCUGAAUUUUGGGGGUAAGACAGUUCUUCAUAUUCAUGUUUAGCAAACAUACCGGAAUGUUUGUACUGUAGAUGAAAAGUAAAGUGUUUUUCAUUCAAUCUAAAAAAUGGUCAAUUCAUAAAAAUAGAAAGUGACUAAGCUGGAGUCUAUAAUUGGCCACAGAAUAGACUAUAAUGGGUUAGGCGCUCUGAGGCCAGCGGCACAUUAGCAAAAAUUAACCCAAGUACCCCCGUUGUAUCAUUUACGUAAGGGACUGUGCAAUAAUUAUCAGGAGGAGGAGGGGCGCUGAAAAACUAGAGUUAUCUGACAAAAACUUAGACAGUACCUCCCCUCCAAAACAAAAAAAAUUAGUUCUAGCCCCCUCUCUGUUAUGUCAAAAAUAACGUCGCACCCCCCCCCCCCCCCCCCCCCGUCCAACCACGCUGGUAAACUCAAAACUGGACUGAGCUGCCAUCACAGCUUCAAUAAUGACAAACAUUAUUAUGUAACAUCUAGUAUCGAGAAGGAUGUUGAUCGCUUGAUUGAAGAUUUAGACAAAGCAUUUUCUAAGUACUGGAGUGCUUACCACAUUGGCUCAAAAUCUAAAAUUUCUGAAGCCAGAAAGAGAAAGGAGCAGAGAAAAAAAUCAAAGAACAGGAGAUUGAACGCUUCAAAUAACAGACGAAAAAGAGCUUGCAUUAUAUUUAGAUCCUUUGGAGGAGAGCCUAUUGAACUUUGUUAUGAGCCACAUAUAUAUGGAAUUCUGCAAAUCGAUUCAGGCGAUGAAGAAACAUUACUUUUGAUCACAUCAAAAACCAACAAAGCUUGUCUACGAGAUCUGUUUGAUUCCCAUUGUUUUAUGGGGGAAGCUGAAAAACAGGUUCAUGAUUUUUGCUUUACAUAGGAUCAGCUCAAUUAAUUAGAAGACAAGUUAAAAUUGAUCAGUUGUGAAUUUGCUUUUCAUUUUGAUGGAAUAUUUUCAAUAAUCGUUUAACAGCUGUUCGUGUUGAUAUUUGUUACAGUCUAUCAUGAUGCCUGUAUUGAGAAUCUUUUAUUGCGUUUAAUUUUAUUUACAUUUCGAAUAAAACUUAAGGCCCCCACAUCCGUCAAAUGAGUGAUUUUACUUUGAGCCCCCCUAUCUUGGCAGCAAUUUUAUGUAAUGCCCCCCCCUCCGGUUUUAGGGCCCCCCUCCUGAUAAUUAUUGCACAGUCCCUAAACGUAUACAUGUAGUGAACAAAAUUAAACGAGUGCGAUGAUCUUAUGUUUAUCGCACGCCUGACUUCGAUGCACCUUGACUUCGAAACACGGACACAAAAGUAUUAUUUCUAUUUGAAAGGAGGAUUUGUACCAUUGACAACAUCAACUUUUUCCCAUUUGUAACUGCGGUUUCGGUAUUUGGCGAAAUUUUGAUGCGGUAUUGCGGUAUUCUCGCGCUACCAUGUGCGGUAUUGCGGUAUUCAUACCCCCCUUACGCCCCCCUCCAUUUUAAUCUCAGUCUGCAGUCUGCAUUUUACUCUCAGUCUGCAUUUUACCCCUGGUCCGCAGUCUGCAGUCUGCAGUUCGCAGUCUGCAUUAUACACUGACCACAAAAAGAAUUAAGCUCACUGAAUUCAAAUUUCACACUAACCUUGCAUUAUCGUUACCCAGAUUUGAACAACCUGGCCAUGGUCCAAGUGGAUAAUAUUUUUUCAGUUGGAGGGACUGUAUACAAGACACUAGGAAACUUUUGCUUUAACUUUUGAGUUAACCCAGUUUCGCUCUCAUAACUCUGUAUUUAUUUACCUGAUGUCACCUUUUUUGUCAUACAUGUACCAGAAAAAGUCAUUAUAACCAGCCUGAAUUCAUUCAGUUGUUGUACCAGUGUGAGAAUUUCAUUCUGGUGCGAGAUCUUACAACACCAAUAUCAUUUAAAGAACAACCAUUCAUUCUGAUUUGAAAUCGGCCCCCUAGUGGACUGAAACCUCUCUCCUGCAGAACUGGGUAUCCCAAUUAAAUUAAGCCUUCCUUGGACGCAAAGGGGUCCCUGCUGAGGAGAGAGAAUUGAAACAGCCAGUGGGUGAUUUUUGAUAAACCCUUUGGGUCCCAAGAGUGACCAACAUUAAUUUUCUCCUAACAACAUUGAUAUAUCAGCAGUUCAUCAAGAGUUAAAAGGCUAUGAGAAUUACGAAAUUGAUUACCAAAGGGAGAAUGCUUUGAUCUUAAACCAAAUUCUCUCAACUAUUCUUAAAAGAAAUGUGUGGAGAUCAGUCUGGAGAAUUUGUACCGGUAUGUGGAUCUUGGGGCUGAAAGAGUUAAUCCAGGAUGGUGUGGGACAAGGAGAAAACUUGUAAACAUGUAAAUGCGACCUACAAAAUUAAUUAGUCAUCCUGGUAUGGAACUACUGCUUGUGCAAGUUUUCUCAUGUAAACACACUCUCACUUGUUAUUCCCAUGGGUCAUAUUUUUGAGAUGUGAAUAUUUUAUUGAAAUCUACGAAAUGAAUCAUAUUUGACCUGCAGAUAAAGAUAUGAAAGUGAACAUGAUCCUUGCAGGUGAAUGAACAACCUAAGUGGUUAAAAGGAACCUGAAAAAAUUCAGGUUGGGAAUCGAACCCAUGUUCAUUUUCACAUUUUGUGGGACAGCUGGCUGUUUCAUCUUUGUAUCACAUGUGAAAUGUGCCUGACUUGCUGUUAUUUUCUCACCAAAGCUGCUGAGCCAGCAUGCCACUGUCUAUGUAUGACAUAAUUGGGUCCAUGUUUAAGUCUUCUAUUAUUCUAUUUGAUGUCCUGAAAUAAUGGCAAAAAUCUUCCAAAUUUGGACAAUGCUAACUGCAGCUCAAGUUCAAGUUCAUUUAUUCACACUUAUUUAAUUGCAAGGCUGUGCUCUAAAAGCCCGAUAGCUCUAAACUUACGAAUCUUGGGUAACCUGUAUUAAGUUUUAUAACCUGCAUUGUAGCUUGUGGCAUGUAAUAAUAUAUGACUAGAGCUUUGUGGAGGGGUGUGUGGCGGAGCAGUUAACACCUCAAACUCUGGAUCUGGAGUUCCAGGGUUCAAGCUUCGUCCAUCGUGUUGUUUCCUUAGACAAGAAACUUCACUCAACUUUGUCUCUGUUCACCCCGGUGUAUAAUUGGUUACUGGUGACAUACUGCUGGGGGUGUAACCCCGCGAUGGAGUAGCAUCCCAUCCAAGGGGAAGUAGCAAUACUCCUAGGUAUAUGCUUCAUGUUAAGGAAACCAGGAUAAGCUCUGACCAUUUAGGCCUUUGGCUUGUGUGCACCUUUACCUACCUUUAAUUUUUUGUAGCUUAUAAGUUUUGCCUGGAAGCUAACUAGUAAGAUUUCCUUGUUACCCAAAGUCAACAGUAAGUUGCCAGAGCCACCAGGCUGUGCUAAUGUUGUCUUAGUUGGUACUGUAUAUAUGAAUGGUCUGACACGAGGGUCACACACCUGGGUCUGACAUGCUCUUUUUUCUUGAGUUCUUUGCAUUUCACAAUCACCAUCAGGUAAAACUUAAACUUUACAGGAAUAAAUACUAAUAAGAGGAUUAAAUUGGCAAUACUCAUGAUUGCUCUGUGUAACUCAGGGCUGUGCUCUAGUAGAGCCCAGUGGCCCCUGGUGCCUAACUUUUGCCCUCGGUCGACUAGAAAAUCUCAGACUUUUCAUAAAAAUCAUGUGCUGGGCACCCUAGAUUUUACAGUUUCAGAGCACUCAGGGUCCCUUCAGUUUUCCUUGGAGCCUUGUAACUUAACCUCACAUUCAAGAAGUUACAUAAAUUAAUUCGUAUAAGUGGGUUGAGAGUUAGCUGCUUGAUGCAACCAUCAAAAGCUUCGCCCAUAUGGACCAUUGGGUGAUAUUUAGUCAGCCCCGCCCUAAGAAACAAUUAUAAAAAUUGUUAAGGCUUUUUAAAGAAAUAUAACCACAAUCAAACCUGCUAUGUUUAGAUCUUUCUUGGUAUAAAAUGUUUCCUACUAUUUCUCUUCACAAACAGGUUUAAAAAAACUUGAGAGCAAUGAGGCAGACGCUCUUCUGGGGAUUUACAAUGGUGAUGAAUUUGUGUUUUAUGGUAGCAGAUGGAAAAUCUUAAAUUAUAUCAAACUUAUUUGGCGAUAUGGAUUAUUUGAUCUCUACACCAUGGACAAUUUCAUCACUAGUAUGUUAAAGAACUUUUCAAGUAUUUACAAAUUUCAAGAAAAUCACCAAGCAUUCACAAGCGUACCUGACAUGCUGAAAGCUAUGGGUGGAAAUGAGAUGUAUGAGUACACACAGCAGACAACAAGACAGACACUGGAGAAGAUCGGUCUCAACCCCACUUUGAUUGACGAGCUAGUGACAGUUGUCAUGAGGAUCAAUUAUGGUCAAGAUGUGACUUUGAAUGGGUUUGCAGGUAUGGAAGAAAUACAGUUCAACCUCCAUUAUGCGGUCACCCCAGGGGUUGCUUACUAGAAUUUCAUCAUAAACAUACAUAAUCUUUAGGGGAAGCAUCACUUUAUUAUGAAAGAAACACUCGAAGGGAGCAACAAUACUGGUCCACGAUUGGUCAUCACAUCGGGCUGUAUUUUCCUUCAUCAUUUUUUUAAAUAAAGCCGAACUAAGUGUAUUAAGCACUUGAUGGCUGCUUAAUAGAGGUGACAACAAUGGGAGAACUCUCACUGGAACGGCCAAGAGGUGGCAGGGGCUGCUUAAUAGAGGUGUCCCCUUAGUAGAGGUUAAAGUUCUCAUUCUUUUCUACAAUAAUUGUAGAAAAGUCCCAAGAUAAUUAUUAUCUUGGGACUUUGACUAUUGACCUCUUUAUAGAGGAUGGCCACUUAAUGGAGGUUGAACUGUAUAACUUACAGCAGGAAAAUGAUAAGGUUAACUGCAAUUAGUGAUGUAUAGAAGUGGCUAAAAGAAGACUUUCAUAGAGUAAUAAUAAUUUAGCUUCUUGUUAUGCAGGCAGCUCAAGUCAAAAGUUGGUAGUCCCUCCCAUAAAAAUUCAUAACAAGUCAUGACCUCAGUGGGGCAGCCUCAUGCAGGGCUUCCACAGAGGUGUCCUGUUUUUUUCUCUUAGUUGAUCUUGAUUAUAUCCUUCUAAAUUAUUAUGCAAACCAUUAUUUCUCGAAGUUAAUAGUUAAAAUUAUUCCUUUUUUGAUCAUGUAUCGCUGCUGUCACUGAGGGAUGGCAGCUGGGGAUUGCCCAUGGCUUCUAUGAGCAUGACUAUCUGAAUUUGAGGAUUAACUAAUGUGACACACUUUGUGAGUUAAAGCCUACCUCUCAGAAUCACUUCAUGUAUUUGGAAGAAAUGACUUCCAGCUACUGUCAAUAGAAACAAAAGGAAAAAUUAUAAAGCCCAUGGAAAUUCCUGGCUGUUCCACUUCCCAGCCACUAAUUGCAUAUACCUGGCAACUUGCAACAGCCUCUCAUGCAUUUUUAAUGUAGCGAACUUGCCUAAACCGCAUGAUAUAAAGGCUUGGUCAAACAGCUAUACCAUUGUCACAAGGUUAAUUUGUUGAGUGGGAAAUUUUGAAGCUAUCUUUAGCUAACGUUUAUGUUGUCAUAUUGUUCUGAUACAAAUGUACUGAGUACAGCAAAGCACAACAGAGUUGUGAACGAUGUGACUGUAGGUUUUUUAUGUUUGUUUAAGUCAUAAGCAGACAGUUAUUACUGCAAGCCCCAGGUGAGCAACAAACUCAUCUUUGGGACUCCUGUCGUUCCUUGGGUAUCCUGUCACUAGAAAACCGUCACUAACUCGAUGUUUGUGUCAGAAUGAUCUUUGGCAGAAAUGGUCAGCAGUAUCAUUAUAACUUAAUUUAAAAUUCUAACACUCCUAUUGCACUCCUAUUGCAAAAUUUUUGUGCUAAGUUUUGCAUAUUCUGGCGCAGGCAACAGUUUCGAGUUGUUUUCCGACGACUGUAAGCUAGGCAAUGAAGACCCAAACCACAAAGAAGUCAUGAUGUGUGAUGUGUAGUCCUUUAUCCCAUAUAAACUAUUACUUGACCCAUUAAAAGGGUCUGUUAGCAAAAAGAGAUUUUUUUUCUUUUUUGAGUAGAUACUGGGCAAAUGAAAAGAACAUUUGGCUAUAAAAAAAAACUGUGAUAAAACUUUUCUUAAAAACAUUAUAAGAAAUGUUAAAAGAAACUUUUAAAAGAUGUUGAUGCUUUGACAGUCUCUGACAUCAUCAAGUCAAACUAGCGUAUGCAUGUUCUAUAAAUGGAUGAAAAACAGUACAUCAUUAAAAAGAAAAGUAACAUAUUUAAUAUGUUACAAGUUAAACAAAGAGUUUCACACUAAUGGAGUCACUCUGUGUCUUGAAAGUGGGCCUUAGUUCUUUGAUGCAUAAGGUCUUGUAAAUGAGGCAGUCAUCUGCUCACAGCAUUAUAACAACAUAUUUGUAACCUCUAGUUUAUUUAUGAUAGGAGCAGUGUCAUUGGCCGGUUCUCAAGGAGGGUUGUGGUCAGUUGAAGGCGGAAACUGGAGAGUCUGUGAUGGUUUGCUUUCCAGCUCCAAAGCAACAGUGUACAAGAAUACGAGGGUCACAGAAGUAAUAAAAAACAACAAUGGCGGUACUGAAAGGCCUGUCUACACAUUAAAAGGUGAUGGCAACAUUCCAGACAAACAAUACGACAUGGUGAUUGUUGCUGCCCCAUUAGAAAUUAGUAGCUAUUUCUUUGAUUGUAAAGGCUGCAGAAACUGGCCCUCUCCUAAAGAACUGGGUGAAUUCUGGCGCACAGUGGCAACUUUUGUGCACGGCCAAAUCAACUUGACGCAUUUUGGGUGUGGAAUUGAAUAUGACAUUCCAGAAGUGAUUGGCACGACAGAGACCCCUAAAAAUUAUUUUAACAGCAUUGGCAAGCAACAGCCUGUUGAAAACAGGACUGAGGAGGAUCCAAAUGGGACACCCAUUCGGAAAGUGUUUUCACGAUCAGAUCUCACUGAUUCUCAACUUAAUGAACUGUUCAGUAGUGUGAAUGAGGUCAAAGUAGUGUCUUGGCUGGCAUAUCCACACUUUACACCCCCUGAGAAAUUUUGGUCAUUUGUUCUGCAUGAUGGCGUCUUCUACAUUAAUGCCAUUGAGCAUUCCGCCAGUGCAAUGGAAAUGUCAGCAGUGAGUGCGAAAAAUGCGGCUUUGUUAGCACAUCAGUAUUAUACAGGGAAAGCAUCUCAUGUCCCCUCAGAAAACAGGUCUUCCAAUACCACUCCCAAGAGAGAACUGUAAUUCUGAGUGCUGUAAUAGACAAAGGUGUAUCAAUGACUUAAAAUUUAACAAAUUUACCCCUUUAUCAAAAUACCGGUGAGGGCCUAAAAUGAAAUUUAAAAAAAAAAUACCUUUUUUGUAAGGAAAAUGAAUAGUACUAUGCAUGUGAACCACUUGAAAGUACUGAAGAGGUUUCUUUUUAAUGGUCACACCACAAGAUUUCAUCUACAGAUUCAAAAGUUAAAAUCAGCUUAUACCGCAUCAAGAAAUACAUCUGCUGUUCGCAGUCUACAUAACAGAUAGUACCUUGUAAAAGCACAAAGUGUACAGCUAAUGAUAUUUUAUUCAAGCAUACAACGCCACCUAAAAUACAGUGAAAAUAUAAUGACUGUUUCUUCGGCUGCUUCGUUUUUUGACUUUAGUGCUAAAGGAAAAGACUUCAGUGCAUCCAGUUCUUUCGUUAUACAUAUUUUUAUAUACACUUUACUAUCCUACAUUACGAUACCUACAAAGAUAAUGAAAUUUAAACCAAUGUUACAGUCAAGGCAGGUCAAGCAUACCCCCCAAAAUUCUAUUAAUAAAUUGAUUAUUUGAGAAAUGAAGCCGUUAGUUGUUCCCCUAACUGGUGUCAAAUUCAAAUCGGCAAUCCUGCGUGCGUGAUGAGCAGUGAAUAUUUUACGAGAACUUCUCUGUAUUUGGUCACAUUGAAAAUCUUUCAAUGGAUAAAAUAGCUUCGAAGACAUUUACGUCAAAUUCAGGGAAACUAUGGUGGUAGCAAUUUUAUAACUGCCUCGCGUGUGAAUUCACUGCUCAUUCAUUACGCAUGCAAGAAUCAAAUCACUGGUUUAUUGUCCCUUUUGCAGUCGGAAGACUGAAUUGUAGGAUACCUUACAGGCUGUGAUACAUAUACUAAUACGCUACAUUUAUUGACAAGAUUGAUAUUUAACACUAACAAAAAUUUGAGAAAGGUUCAGUCCUUGUGGCC